CGCUCUGUAGAAAUCGGCUUGAAAUGGAUGACUGGAAUCCUAUCAUCAGUAGCGAUACUCCUAUUCAUUGCCUCUAUAUUCUUCGGUUGCUAUCUUAGACGUAUCGCUCUUCAUCCUGAAACGGGAAUAAUGUUCCGAAAAUCAGACCAAGGCUCCGUUCCGUCAGUCUCAUCCUCGACAUACCUGGUGAAGGAGCCCACUGAGGAGAGAGCUACAUCUGCAGCAUCGUUGCAAACAAGAGCUAUGCAUAGAGCGCAACACGGGACCUCCAUUCUUCGGCCGCCCAGAUCUCCAUUUAGAGCAUAUGAAAGCUCUGCUUGA